ACUUGAGUCAUGUUCCUGGCUCUUCUCCGAUUCGUGGUCACUAUUUAAAAACACAAAGUCAAAUAAGGCGAAUUUCUCUUCUGCUUCAUCAAUUCCAGCAUCACAGUUCGACAUCGCCGAAUCGCUUCACGUCUCUCUCUCUCUCUAUCUCUGUGCAUUCGCAAUUCACAUCGGAAAAUGAGUACGGGGCCCGGUCUCUUCUCUGAUAUUGGCAAAAAGGCCAAAGAUCUGCUAACCAGGGGAUAUGUCUCCGAUCACAAGUUAUCUGUGUCGACUUACAGUGACACCGGAGUGGCCCUUACAUCAACUGCAGUGAAGAAAGGAGGGCGUUCAAGUGGAGAUGUAUCAGUGCAAUACAAAUAUAUGAACAUUUUGGCUGAUGCCAAAGUUGAUACAGAAUCAAAUGUUUCAACAACUUUGACGUUCACCGACAUUGUCCCAUCAACAAAGACCAUUGCCUCUCUGAAGUUUCCUGAUUACAAUUCUGGCAAGCUGGAGGUUCAGUAUUUCCACCAUCAUGCAACCUUAAGUACAGUUGUUGCUCUUAAACACUCACCCAUAGUUGAUCUCUCAGUCACCCUUGGCACUCCAACCUUUGCUUUGGGUGCUGAGGCAACUUACGAAACUGCUUCAGGUAAAUUAACCAAGUAUAAUGCUGGCAUCAGUCUCACAAGACCAGAUUCUUGUGCUGCAAUAAUCUUGGCUGACAAGGGUGAUACAAUAAUGGCAUCAUUUAUGCACCAUCUGGAUGCAAAGAAGAAGACUGCUGCUGUGGGAGAGGUCAGUAGAAGGCUCUCCUCCAACGAGAACACAUUCACAGUUGGUGGCUCAUUUGCUAUUGAUCACCUUACAAAUGUGAAACUGAAGCUCAACAACCAUGGAAGACUCGGAGCUGUAUUGCAGCACACAGUGAUUGCAAAAUCGACUUUGACCAUUUCAAGUGAAUUUGACACCAAGGCCUUGGACAAGACUCCCAAGUUUGGUGUUGCCCUUGCCCUUGUGCCUUGAGAUUUCCGUGUUUUUGGACAUUCUUUUCAUUGGGGUAGCAAUACCGAAUAACACUUCUCAUUGAGUGUGUACUGUUAGUUUUCUGAGUUAUUUCACCUAAUUUUUCCAGAGUUAAAA